AGCAACUAUACAUGGCUUCUCUGUGGGUGAAGCGCAAGUUUCUUGGAAACGGUUCGUAUGGCAAGGUUUUCUUGGCACAAUCCACGGCAUUGUUAGCCUACUACAAGUCACCGGCUUUGGUUCCCUUUGUUGCACUCAAAUCUUGUUUAGCAAGUCGAUCAUCGUCUCUGCGACUCGAGAGAGAUGUGUUUCGUGAACUUGGAGGCUGUGAUGGGAUCGUCAAGUGUUUCGGGUCCGGUGUGAGCGUUGAGAAUGGGGUAGAGUAUUUUGAUCUGGUUCUUGAGUAUGCGCCGGGUGGAAGCUUGGAACAACUUCUUCGAUUUCGAGGGGGGAGGAUGCCGGAGUUGGAAGUUGGAUGUUAUACGAGGAUGUUGCUUAAGGGGCUUUCUCAUGUGCAUGGGAAGGGGUGGGUUCAUUGUGAUUUGAAGCCGGCUAAUAUUCUUGUCUUUCCAUCGAAGCAUGGUGGUGGGGUGUUUAAGUGUUCUCUGAAAUUAGCGGAUUUUGGGUCGGCUAAGAGGGGUGGGGAAAUAAGUUGCGGGUUUGUGGAUCCGUGUAGUGGCCGUAAAAACCGAGGAACGUUGCUGUAUAGUUCACCGGAGUCCGUGGCGUUUGGAGAGCAUGAAGCACCGAUGGAUGUAUGGGCGCUCGGAUGCAUAGUGUUUGAGAUGCUUAUCGGGAAGGGUAUGUGGUCUAAUUAUCGCAGGUUCAGUGCUAGAGUUCUGGGAGAUCUGAUUGCUGGCUAUCAGGACAGCGGGUUGAUAUUCUGUGAUGAUUUGUCCGCCAAUGCAGAAGAUUUCUUGAGAAAGUGCUUGACGAGAAGUGCAGAAGAAAGAUGGACGGCUGAUCAGCUUCUGGAACACCCCUUCAUCACUGAGAGCUGUAAGAUGUUGCCACUGUCUCAAUCAGGCCAAACUCCGAAGAUCAUGGGCUACCGAAGGAUUCCAUUCAGUUCUUCUUUCGUCGUCUCAAAUAACCCUUCCGUUUUUGUUAAUUAA